AUGGGGAUCGUAUUUAUAGAGUUCGGGACGAGAACCCAGUUUAAUGGCCGGUUUACGAGUCGGGCCAAGAUGAUCAGGUGCAGAAAGGGUCAAAAUGGAGGUGAAACAACUGCCAAUAGUAAGCGACAUCACCACAGAGACUUGAGGGCUCUCCUCCUUCCCGUCUCUCUCUUCGAACAACUCUGGGGACAGGGGAAAGACGGAGGAGAAAGCGCCGCACGAGGACACGACCCACAAGCCCUCCGGUCCAACGACCUCGUUUUCACACUCUGGCCACGCUUCCCCCUCGGGCGGGGUUGCGCCGUGGCUGAGGAUGAGUUUUGA